GUUUUAUCGAAUUAAUUAAAUAAUCAUACAGGGAUCAUAUAACAGAUCAUUCAAUACAUGGUUUUCUCGUGAAACACAAUGAUUAGGGGGGGGAAAGAAAUUUAAAUUAAAUUACCAUGGCUUAAAAGGAAGGCUAUACACAGAACAAUCACAGAUGUUAGACAGCAUCACAAAAGCUACAAAAAUCCUUUCUGUAUCCGGAAUCGCAGUAAUUAUUAUAUAUUUAAGCACAUAUUAUUUUUUUGGCAUCAACAUGAAGGACAGAGGUAAAAGAAGUCAGGAGAGGGAAUGCGAAAAUGUUGAAGGUGGUAACGAACAUCUAUACGCCAAGAGUUCAUACCAACCAGUGUUAAAUACACAGUUGCCCCAAGUAUUCAUGUCCACAAAGUAGAACUAAUUUCCAAGAAGGUUCUAUAGAUUUUUCAUGAAACUUCCAUCAGAUUUAGAAUUCGUGAAGCACUUAAUUCAAUAAGAGACGGAAAUAGUUAGUCAAGAUGCCUGCUAGCGUCGUGAUAAAUUCUGAUUGUAUGACCCUCACGAGGUACGUUUUACAACAGCAAAAGAAAUUUCCCUACGCCACCGGUGAGCUCACGCAGCUUUUGACUUCAAUUCAAACUGCUGUGAAGUCUAUCAGUUCGGCAGUGAGAAUGGCAGGGAUAGCCCAACUUUACGGUAUGGCUGGAACGACAAACAUACAAGGAGAAGAUGUAAGGAAGUUGGACACGUUAUCAAACGAAUUCUUUAUCAACAUGUUGAAAUCUUCCUAUGCUGUUUGCGCGAUGGUAACUGAAGAAAAUGAUGACAUUAUAUUUGUAGAUCCUGAACACCAAGGAAAAUAUAUAGUCUGCUUUGAUCCUCUCGAUGGAUCUUCUAAUAUUGAUUGCCUUUGUCCUAUUGGUUCAAUAUUUGCAGUUUACAGGAAACCAGAAGGAGCUGUUAACGAAGCGAGUAUAUUACAACAAGGAAGGCAGAUCGUGUCGGCAGGUUAUGUAUUAUAUGGAAGCGCUACAUUCUGCGUUAUAUGUUUAGGAAAAGAAAAGGGUGUACAUGGAUUUUUACUGGAUCCGGAAGCUGGAGAAUUCAUCUUAACAGAUCCAUACAUAACUAUUCCAAAGAAAGGAAAAAUCUACAGUGUCAAUGAGGGGAAUUCUCACCUCUGGGAAGAACCUAUAAAGGAGUACAUAAACAGGAAAAAGGAUCCUAAGUUUGGUACACCAUAUGACAUGAGAUAUGUUGGUUCCAUGGUAGCUGAUAUACACAGAACUUUGAAGUAUGGAGGUAUUUUCAUGUAUCCUGCCAACCCAAAAAACCCGAAUGGCAAACUAAGAUUAUUAUAUGAAUGCAAUCCUAUGGGAUUUAUAAUGGAAGAAGCAGGAGGAGCAGCAACGACAGGCAGAGUUCCGGUGCUAGAUGUUGUUCCAAACAACAUUCAUCAGAGAUGCCCGUGCUUCCUAGGAUCCCUUGAUGAUGUAAAUGAAUUUCUUGAAAUAAUGAGAAAACAGGAAAAAAAAAUUCAGCAACCAUAAAUAAGAUUUAUAUGUUUGUAAUUCUUGUCAUUCCAAAUAUACUUCAUAAAUG